CUCUAGAAUGCCAAAGGAGGGCUCUGGAGUGCGCUUCGGGAUGUGGCUUUCAGGGCAGCCGUGGGCUUCUGACACACACAGCAGCCGCUGCUGUCCACUGACCGGUAGAUCCAAGAGGAGGCUUCUACCUAGUACUGAGGACCGGAGGAUGAGGCGGAGGCUUCCAGGAGGACAGCUCACACCGCUGCUGCUGUUGCUCUGCGCCCUGCAGGCACCCGCGGGGAGCACUAAGGCAGCUCUUAAGGUCGACCUUGACUUGACACCAGACUCCUUUGAUGAUCAAUAUCAAGGCUGUAGCAAGCAGGUCAUGGAGGAGCUAAGCCAAGGAGACUACUUCAUGAAAGAAAUAGACACUCAUAAGUAUUACUCCAGAGCGUGGCAAAAAGCCCACUUAACCUGGCUGAACCAAGAGGGGACCCUCCCAGAGAACAUGACCACCGCACACGCCGUGGCCAUCUUGGUCUACACCUCCAAUCGCAAUGUGAGCUCUGACUUUGCUACAGCUAUGGCCAGGGCCGGGGCAUCUCCCGGGCAGUACAGACAGUCAUUCCACUUCAAGUAUCUGCACUACUACCUCACCUCAGCCAUCCAGCUGCUGAGGAAAGAGAGCUCCACAAAGAACAGGGACCUGUGCUAUGAGGUCCACUAUGGGAUGAAGAACGUGAGGUUUGAAGUCAAUGUCGGUGCCACUGUCCGAUUCGGCCAGUUCCUUUCUGCCUCCCUGCUAAGGGAGGAGACACGGGUGUCUGGAAACCAAACCCUGUUUACUAUGGUUACAUGCCUGGGUACCUCUGUGCAAGACUUCUCUCUCAGGAAGGAAGUCUUGAUCCCCCCCUACGAGUUAUUUGAAGUUGUAAAUAAAAGCCACAGCCCCAAAGGAGAGUUGAUAAAUUUGCGGUCUGCUGGGAACCUGAGCACAUAUAACUGCCAGCUGAUAAAAGCUUCCAGCAAGAAAUGCACCCCUGAUCCAAUGGUUACUAUUUGCCUCUUUUUGGUCAGUGUUAUUAUCUCUUCCAAAACCAGAGAGCAAAGGAAUCCACUGGCUCCUUCUUAAAGACACUAUUUAAACUUGUGAUUAUCAGAGUUAGCAGAUUAUCAGAAUCUGAGGUCCACACUUCCCACUCUACCGCAGACGACACGGGAGACAGAAGUUGGUGGAAGAAAAGUUUAUUCAAAAGCAGCCCUAACUAAGGCCGACGACUGUCUCAAAUCCCCACUAAAAGGGAUCUAUAUUGUUACUUCCUUGUUGCUGUGACCAAAACCAAACAAAGGCAGAAGCUCCAAGUUGGGAAGGAAAGCUUUACUUAUAAACGUACAGAUCAUCAUGGCCGGAAAGGCAUGGCACCGGGAGCACCAGGCACUACAGAUGCUUAAGUCCGCAGGGUCCCAAACCUCAAGCCCCUCCCCCUCCAUGACUUACUUCCUCCAGCGAGGCUCCACCUCCUGAAGAUUCCAGAGCCACCAGCAAGGGACAAAGUGCUCAAACACAUUAACAUUCAAACCACAAGGUCUUAAUGUUCAAGGCACUCUACAGAAGAGACCGGAGUCCAGUCAGACCAUGGGCCCUGAUGUGACUUCUUUGCUCUGCCCUGGCAGGGACCUCACAAAGGACCACUCUCCCGCUGCAGCUGCCUAAGGAGAACUGGAAAAGGCCUUUAUCACACUAUUACUCAAGUGUGGUGUCCUCUUUGCCAGACGCAUUCUUAUCCAAUCAGGACACCGCUUGCCUGAUAGUUGGUCAGAGGUCCAUGGUGAGAGAGAUCCAAUUAGAGCCUAUGAGAUACAACCAGGGUAUGAUUUCAAGAUUAGUUUCAGGGGCACAGCAGGAAUCUCUUUUGGGGGGGUGAUUAGCAGAAACCGAGUACAUGUGCAUUCGGAGUUGCCACAAAGAGAAGAAUUUGCCUCCCUGAGGCACUAACUCAAUGGAGGCAGAGCUAAGAAAUGGAAAGAAUUAAGACAGGUGAGAGGGUGUGGGGAGC